GCCGCAGCGGGCUCCCGUGCAGCCGAGGGUCCACAUGAGUUCGGCGGGUGUCGAGGUCAAGCUGGAGGCUGUGAUCCAGAAACUCGAGGAGACUGUCCUGAAUCCUGAGGUGCCUGAAGAAGACAAAGGUCUGACGGUGUGUGGCGAGGGGCAGGACUCUGUCCCGACUCCAGUCCCUGCUCGAAUCCGAGAGAUUAUUACCAAGAAUCUAUCUGAGGAAAGCAUGGAAGUUCAGCAAGGCAGAAGUUCAGUCACCAGUCUUCAGAGAGAGAACUAUAUGCUGAAGGAGGAACUGUCUCGCAUGGAAGACCAAUUGGCACAGAGCCAUGUCGAGCGUGAUGAGCUGGCUAUCAAGUUCCGCGCAGUCAACGAGCGACUGGAGAAAUGCCUCAAGUUUGAAGUGUCUGAAAGGGAACAAGAGGCGGCUGAGUCAAAAGCUGUGUUAGAUCUCUGUCGCAAGUUUGACGAUGAAGAGAGGGCAUACAGGAGAAAACUUCAAGCCUAUCAAGAUGGACAACAGCGCCAGGCACAACUGGUGCAAAAGCUCCAGGCUAAGGUUUUGCAGUAUAAGAAGCGGUGUGGUGAAUUGGAACAGGAGAUCGUCGAGAAAGCCUCUGAGUCGGAACAACAGAAAGUGUCAUUACAGACACGCUUGGAGACAACAGAAUCCCACUUGAGGAGAACGGAAUAUGAGCACAAUACUGAACUGGAAAGCACUCUUAUUCGCCUGGAGGAAGAGCAGCAAAGAAGCAGCAGCCUUUCCCAGGUCAAUGCCAUGCUGCGGGAACAACUGGAACAGGCCAGUGCAGCCAAUCAGAGACUCAGUGAGGACAUCCACAAGAUCACAGCGGACUUCGGCAAGGCUAGGAAUGAACUGGAGCAUAAAGAACUGAAGCAGCAAUGGGAGCAGGAGGUGCAAGGCUCCCGUCUGAUGGGCAGUCACAGCAAGCUGUUGACUCUGCGGAGGCAGGUGGCCGGGGUGCGUGGUGACCUCACAGAUCUGAAGAGCGGGAUGCAGCAGAAUCUUAUGGAGCUAAAUGCUGAUAUUACCCAAACAACUGAACGUCUGCAGUCUGCAUGCCUGAAACUAGACUCCAACUUGUAUCGGCCUCAGAGCAGCACCGCUUCGGCACUGGAGAAGCACACCGCGCAAAACAGCCGACUCGAACAGCAGCUCCGCAGCAAGGUCAAAGAGAUGAUUCAAUUGCAGAGCAAGUACGAUGUGGAGAAAGCAGAACUUCAUGCAAGGAUUAAUGAAUUAUCUGUUGCAUUGGAGAGACUCAAGAUACAGAAUGCUGAGAAGGAGCGAACUAUCACCUCACUCAACCGUACCCUGGAGAAGUUGGAAUCGGGUACAAUUGAAGUUACAAGCGAAUCCCAGGAGAAUGAAGCCCUCAGGACUGAGAUAGAAUCCUUACAUCAAACCUUACACAACAUUGCUCAGAUUGCAAUUCUUGAUGCAGACGCGGCGAGCUCUCUGUCCAGAGAAGCCAUGUCUGAAGAGACUGAGGCCGAUUCUGGCAGAGUGGGGUCAGCCGCCGUGCUCCGUACAUCUUCUCCGUGGAGGGACAGGUCGGACACCCACCCCCGAUCCCCGCUUCGCAACCUCUCCCCGUCUGCUGGGGAUGCCACGUUGUCCGCAGUCCAGGUGGCACUGCAGAAGCGGCAGCUGCAGGUGCAGGAGCUUCGUGGUAGAGUGGAGGCUGUUCAGGAUGUCGUCAUCUCUUUGAAGAAACAGCUUGGAGAGAGUGAGAGUAAGCGGAGGCAGUUGGAGCAGAAACUGGAGAAGUUGAAAGGUGAAGUUGAAGACUCAAACCGAGCCAAGGAAGAUGCCAAGAGGGAUGUAGGCCGCUACCGAUCCUCUCUGGAGAUCCUUGGAAGUGAGAAAGCAAAUUUAGAGAAGGUGGUGCACUCUUUGAACCAGCAGAUCGAUAGCUUACACUUGGACAUGGAGCGCCAGAGAGCUGCAAAUGAUGACCUAAAGCGGCAGCGUGAUCACAUCGAAGACAAGAAAGAAGAGAUGCAGAGAGACUAUGAGCAUGCCAAGAAAGAGGCUGAAAGAGGACAGAAGUCAUUAGAGCUUAUGGAAGUGAGGAACUCAACUCUAAGGAAGGACUUAGUGACUAUGAAGGAAGCUUUGAACAAAGCUAUAUUGGAGAAGGAGGUGUUGCAGAAUGAGAAGAGAGGCCUAAUUGAGGCUCUCACCAAGGCUGAGUUGAAUAGUACAGACCUUGAGUUGUCCUUAAACAAGCUGAAGACUGAGAAGGACACCCUGCGAGAUUCUCUUGCCAAGAUGAGUGCACUCAGUGAAGGUUUGGCUCAGGAUAAGGUUGAAUUGAAUCGCAUUCUCCUCCAGAUGGAAGACGAUAGAACAGUUCUGCAAGGACAGAAGAAAGAGGUUGAGAAGGCAAAGGCUAGUAUCCAGAAUGUAUUGGUCCGCGUCAAGCAGGAGAAGAUGGACCUGGACACGGAGAAAUGUGGAUUAGACCAGUCUCUGCAGAUUGUGGAGGCAAGCCAGGAACAGCUGGAACAUGAGAUAGUGGUUCUCCAAAGGGUGAGGGAUCAACUGCAAGAUCAGCUUGGGCAGGCGAAUCGGCAGAAGCAGACCCUGAGUGAGCAGCUGACUCAAGCACAGCGAGAUGGGGAGCUCCAGCGUGCAGGUCUCCUCCGGGCCAGCAAGGAGAAGGAGGAGAUGAUGAAGGAGAAAGCCAGCUUGGUGGUGCAGCUGACUGCUGCUGAGAGGGAGAGCAGAGCACUGUCUGAAGAGCUAGCUGCCCUCAGGGCAGAUAAGGAAGCUCUAGAGACCAAUCUUUUCGAGGCUCAGCAGCUCAUUGUGCAGCUCGAGACCUGCAAGGAGCAGCUUGAAGGAGAGAACCAAACCAUUUCAUUUGCUAAGGAGUCACUUCUGGCUGAGGUUGACCUUGCUCGUAAAGAGAUGGACUUACAGUUAAUCAAUGUCAACCGAGAGAAGGAGUUGUUACAGGAAAAACUUAGUCAGCUGGAGAAGGAAAGCCACAUCUCACUGAAAAAUGAGCAACAACUCCAUGAAGAGGACAUUGAAAGACUUCAGAAAGAGAAGGAAUGGCUGUGCAUUGAGCUAACAGCACAGAAAGCUGAGGCAGCUCAGCAUCUUCAACAGGAGCGUGAAGAACUAUUCAGUCGCUUUGAAGAGGAGAAGGAGGAGCUGAACGAAGAAAUUCUCACUUUACAAAAACAGAGGGAUGAGAGGCUGAUCCAGGCAGAGAGCAUAAAGCAGCAGGCCUUGUAUCUUAAAGAGUCAGAGAAAAAUAUCCUGUCAGAAAAACUCAGCCAUACUCAGCGAGAGCUUGGCAAUUCAACCAUUGAGAUUGAUCGAUUGAGGCGAGAAAUGCAGACUCAGCGGGAGCAGGACAAGGAUACCAUUAACACCAUUAAUGCUGACCUUAAGGACCUCCAGAGCCGGUUUGAGGAAGCAGUGGCCACACAUGAGCGAGAAGUCAAAUGUCUUAAUGAGCAGCUGAAAGAUUUAACCCGUCAGAGAGAAGUGUCUCACCGAGAGGUGGAGGAGCUGAAGACACAACUCCGCCUGGUGGAGGAUGCUCAAGAUGGUGUUCGGCGAGACCUUAUUGAAGCUCACAGGAAGGUGCGAGAGAAUGAGGAGGCUCAGGAACUGCAAAGGAAAGAGAACCUGGAGCUCAAACGUGUUCUAAAUGAUGAGGUGCGGGAGAAGGAGGCCAUCCAGAAGUCCAAUGAGGAACUUAGGAAUAACAUCAAAAAGGUUGACAGUGAGAGAAUCAGCUUAAAGAGAACAAAUGAGGAGAAGGAGCAGAAGAUCAAAAUCAUUGAAGAAGCCAAAACCACGGCUCAGAAUGAUGCAGGAGAACUGCGUGCAAACCUUCAGCAGGUGGAAAAAUCCAGACUGGAUGCCCGGAGAGAAUUGCAAGAACUUCGACGUCAGGUAAAGAUGUUGAACAGUGAAAAUGCAAGAAAGAGCCAGGAAAUGGCAGAGCUGCAGUCUUGCAUAGCAUUGGAGGAACAGCACAGUGAGGAAUGCAGGCGGGAAUCCCUUGACCUGAAGCAGAAGAUUACGGAGGCAGAAGUAAUCCAUGAAUCAGCUCGCAAAGAGAUUGCUGUUCUCCAAAAGAAGAUAGUAGAUAUGGAAAGUAAGUUCCAUGGACGUGAGAAAGAACUUCUUGAACAGUUGGAGAACUGCCAGUUGAAUGAGAAGAAGUUCCUAGACAACAAACACAGCCUGGAAAAGAAGCUGCAGCAAGCCCAGGAGGAAGCAGAUGAGCUGAUGCUGAAGAUUUGUGCCAUGGAAGGCCGUGUCACUGGUCUUGAAGCAGAGUUGUCUAAAGUGGAGGCUGCCAAGAGGGAUGUCGAGGUCCAGUUAGAUAGCUUGCACUCUACACUGAGGAGAACCUUGGGAAUUGGACGGUCUGGCCGUAGUCCAUCACCGCAGAGACCUCUCUCUCCCACCAAAGGAUCUGACAACACCUUCAUUGCCUCCACUGAUGAACGGGACAGCCCAGUCCCACAAGCAGGAUCCCCCAGUCACAGCCAUUCCGGCUCGCCUUACCGCUCAAUGUUACCCGUCCGAGGCAGGCAGUACGCAGCGGACGUCAACCCAGAAGUGGUUAAAGGUGCACUGCAAGACUUCCUGCAGGAACUUCGUGGCGCACAAAGGCAAAAGGAUGAGGCUCAUACUCAGCUGGUAAAACUGACUCAGAAGCUGUCACAAAUAGAAACUGAGCGAGACCGGAUGAAUGGACACGUUCAGCAGCUCCAGAAAUCCCUGACUGAGGCAGAGGAAGGGAAGCGUGGAUUGGAUGGACGGUUGAACAAUGCUCAAACUGCACUGGCGCUACAAGAAGAGAUCAAUAAACGCACAGAGAGAGAGAAGAAGGGCCUAGCUGAGCGGGUGGCCACUUUGGAGCAGAGUCUUCAGUCAUCUGAAGGCGAGAGGCAGGCUCACCAGGAGAAGAUCAAUAGGAUCAAAGUAAAUGAAGCAAAGCUGGAGGCCGACAAGCGAAAGUUGAAAGACGCGCUGGAGGCAUCUGAGAACCGUGUCACCAAGCUGGAGCUGCUACGCCGCUCCCUGGAGGGGGAGCUGCAGCGAGGGCUGCUGACCUUGAAUGACCGUGAAACUGAGGUACAGGCCCUCCAGGACCGAAUUAAGAUGCUUCAGCGGCAGGUGGCUGACAGUGAGACAAAGGCUGCCGCCCUCCAGCUUUCUGUGGAUCGUCUGUCAAUGACGCUGACUAAGACAGAAGAAAGCGAGAACAGUCUCAAGGACAAAGUACAGAGUUUGUCGUUGACUCUCUCAGACAAAAGUGCUGGCAGUACAUUACUGCAAGACAGGAUUUCCCACCUUCAGAAAGCCCUAACCUCCAGCGAACAAGACCGACGAGUACUUCAAGAACGACUAGACACUAUCUGUCAGGGGCUUGCAGACACCAAGAAGAAGAACAAUGCCUUGGUCGAGCGUGUGCAGUCCAUGGAGAAAUCGCAGGGGAAUCUGGAGCUGAGGCACUUGGAGAUGGAAGGACAGAAUUGUCAACUGCAGGAGAUGUUGCAGCAGAGACAGGAGAGUGAGCAGGAGGUGCUGAAGUUCAUUGAGAAGCUUCAACAAGAAAAGCACACUUACCAGGAGCGAGUAGCUAGCUUGCAGAGGGUUGUCGCACGGCUAGAGAAUGAGAAACGAGAACUACAACGUUCGAAGGUGUGCCUUGAGAAAGACCAAUCUGCCCUCAGGAGAACACUUGAUAGGAUUGAGCGGGCCAGAAUGAGGUCCGAAGAUGAUGUCUUGCGGCUGUCAACGGAGAAAGGACAGUUGGAUCAGUCACUCAGUGGUGCAGAAAUGGAUCUCGCAGAAACGCAAAGGCAGAUCCAGCAGCUGCAGAUCAGGGGACUGACAGCUGAAAUGGAGCAAAGCCACAGCCAGAGACUAAUGGAGCUGACUACCCGCCACCAUCAAGAGCUGGAGAAGGAAACUGAGCGCCUGCGGACUGCUAAUCAGCAGGCUGAGAGAGUACUGGAGGCCAAGGAACGAGCCCAUAGAAAACGUGUGAAAGAACUCGAAGAACAGGUAGCUAUCCUGCAGGAGCAGUUGGAUCGGGAGAUGAGGAAAAGACAAGUCUAUAUUUCACAAAUGCUCAAACCAGGAAAGUAGCUGGGAAGCAAAUCAAGUUCCAUCCAAUGGAAGCUGGGGAAUAAUCUUGAAUAUUCAAGGCAAAGCCAUUCAAUUAAUGAAUGAACAACUGAAUGGUCACAUUUAUAUGGCUAUCAUCUUGAAUAAAAACAGCUCUUGAAACCUUUUGCUUGAAUUGCAAAUCAUAGAAGGUACUCCUCAAAGCCCAUAUGUAUAGCCCAUAUGUAUUACUCUGAUUUAUGGGCAGAGUUCGUAAGGUCUUUCUGACAUCCUCAUUCUGAUUGGACAUCUGGCCUACAACAACCAAUGAGGAUUCCGACCCCACAGCUACAGCAGACAUUCCUGUGCCUUCUCACAUCUAAUUUCAAUACUGUGAAAAGACUGAUCUUUUGAAUCUUCCACAGUGGGAAAUCUCUGUGAAACCUUCCCAACAACCACUGACCUCAGUCUCUGUCGAGACAGAGUCUGUUUACAUUCUUGACGUGGCAUUUUCCAGCUGGUAACUGUAUUCAUUUGUCCUGUUUGCUCACUUAAGGAUCCAUAGCUCUGCUUCUGAAAUUCAAAGACUAACAUUCCCAAGGAAGUACAUGAAACAUUCUUAACCAUUGCACAGGCCUUCUGUUUGCUACCAUGCUCUUUUGGUUUCAUGGAUGAAGUUUCUCUUUGUCACCCAGAACAGCUCCAUUGGAUGUUACCUGAUUGGACCAAGGGUCAUGGGCUUCAUUGAAAUCAUGGUGAAAAGUGGGCAUUCUGCACCUUUAGCUGAUGCCCUGCUAAACCCUAGAAUCCCACAGCUCAGAGAGGAAUGGUUGAUCAGCGUGAAAUCAUAGACCCCUGUAAUAACACCAAUCUGAAAGAAACACAUUAGCCUUACCUUGUGAUUACAAGUGUUCCUACAUUGU